GUCUUUUUCUCUGUUCAACUCCGUCAUCCCACUACACCUGGACUUGAACCAUCCUCAUCCUUGUUUCCAUAUUUUAUACCUGUACUAGCCCAUCCAUCAUUUAUCAUACCCCCUCCGAUGGAGCCUACCUUCCACGGUUCCACAUCAGAUACUGCGAAUCAAAACCAUUACAUGGCCGACUCUACGCAAUUCAAGAUGGUCAGCUCUACGCAACUCAACAUGGCUAGUGUGGGAGCACUUCGACCUACCGUCGCCUUACCGUUACCACGCAAGCGAGAGAUCACCGGCCUGCUCCUCCUGGCCCUCAUAUUCCCGUACCUCGCAAUAUAUCUGGAUGGCGGGUCUGCAGCGGUAGUAAUCUGCAACAUACUUCUCGUCCUGACCUUCUGGCCAAUCGGGAUCAUUCAUGGUCUCGUCUAUAUUUGCCGUGGUCGACAACAUCGAUCUAUGUCUCGACCCAUGCGGACCAGUCUUUGGAUCAAGAAUGAGCCGGAAAAGCAGCCGUUCCAGGACGCCUAUCGAGAAUCCAAACCCGAGAAUGCAUUCUCAAACCAAGGCCAAGAAGCAGAGCCCGUGAAGGAUCAGAGUAUCCCUACACGCAAAACAAUCACCUUGGGUCUACCAGAAUACGAAUAUCCACUACCCAGGAAGCAGGAGAAUCCAUUCCGUGACCAAUUCGUUUAGUUUGGCUAUUCCCGUUCUCCCGCCAUGUGGUACGAGGAUCAUGCAGCCCGAUUGUUUUCAACUUCUUACACAAACACGAGACCAUGCUAACGGUGCUUUGUACAGACCUAAUGUGGAAGCGAUUUCAAGGUCAUGGGCGGGAUAAGGAGAGGCAUGCACAUAUAGGCAACCCUGUGCUUCUCGAA